CUUCCCUUGGCUCAGCAUUUGACUUGCCUUACGUAGUGAUGCAUCCCAACAUAGAGUCCCAACAUAGAGUCCCAACAUAGAGUCCCAAGUCAUAGAGGUUUUCUGUUUCCCGCCCUUCAAGUUGCUGGGGGAUUUUAGACGAGUGUGUCAAGAAAACGGAGAACGGAGCGGUGAGGAGGCUCGCUGUGUGGGCCAGGACAAUGACAGCACCUACACUAUCCUGGACCUCUACUACUACUACUACUAUUACUGCUACUACUACCACUGCUACCAACACUGGCCUCUAUGUUGGCCUGGUGUUUGGGUUAAUUUUGUGUCUAAUGUUUGUGGCAACACUGUUCUUCCUUAGACGGAGACAGAGAAGAGGAGGGGGGAAGGAGCAGCCUGGAGGAGGAGGUGGAGGAGGAGGGGGUUAGAGGCCGCCCCUGCCUCCACCAAUGACAUGAAAUCUGAGGUCAACCAUUCCAUGACCUAUUCCAGCAUUACUGACCCUACUACUGGGUGUUGAUGAUAAGCUCUUGGGAAAAUGACAAUCCACAGAGGACAUGUCUGUUGUCAAAAUAACAGGUGUACUUCUUACAUUGAGUGGGUGGUCAAGAGGCCCAGGAGCUUUUCUCCGGUGUAAAGGCUGCUGCAGAUCUGUAGGACGGUGGAGUUUCCUGACACAAGCUGAGGCUAAGCUAGAAGGACCUACCUUAAGGUCCUUUGAGAUACCAGGAGUUGUUUCAAGAAAGCAUGGCACCAGUGACUCUGAGAAUUCAGAAGAAGGUGGUGUCUUUGUAAGUCCAGAGCCUGAGGAUACUCAGUCUCAAUGGCGAAUGAGGUUAAGAGAGACGGGCGAGUGAGCAGAGCCCCUCUGAAGAGCUACGUCCACGCAGAAGGAAGGGAAGUGAAAGAUGGAGAAAGGACACCACCACCACAGUAGCCAGAUGGAUGCCAGUGAGGAACCCUUUGUCAUUCAUACUCCUCUUAUUAACAAACAAAAGCACUUAUUCCAUUACCACGACGCGAUGCACGACAGGGUGAAAAAAAUCCUCAAAGAACGACAGAAGGAAGCCGAGGACUCCUUAGUGGCACACCUUCAAGUCUGCCUUCCCUCAGCUGUUCAACAUAUUCAUGGCCUUUGUGACUUUGGCAAUCUUCCCUGCAGGCCUGGCGGGUCAAGGUAUGGGAAGCAUCACCCCUUCACCCCAGACACCCUCCCCACACCCCAGGCCCCACACACCCCUGGGGAGAGGCAGGAACACACCCCAAACAGCUGUCAUGUCUCAAAAUCAAAUCAAAGGGAAUUUUUGAAGACUUGGGGUUCAGACAGUGGUACCCCUGCUUCUCCCCCAACCCCACACCCCGGACGCCCCUCCAUGCCACCCCGUGGACACCCUGGGGGAGGCUGUCGCACCCCAUGCACCCCAUGAAUGCCGACAGUGGGUGCCCAGAGUUGCCUCACAGCUUGAGAUUAAGUCAAAACGCAAGCCUGGACCCAGUUGACUUCACACAGUCUUCUCAGCCCUCCCACAGCCUUUGACAGCCUCCCACAGUGCAUCACAGCCUCCUACACCAUUGGAUGCCAGAACACAGCCCCCCACAGUGGCCAGGAACAGCACACAGCAAAAUGGUUAAGGU